GCCCGGACUGCUGCGGGGGCGCCCCGGGCCGCCACCCCGGACCCCGCCACCCUCGCGUCGCCAUGGCCGCCCCCGCUCCGCUGCGCGACUGCCAGGCAUGGAAGGAUGCCGGGCUCCCACUCUCAACCACAAGCAACGAGGCCUGCAAGCUGUUCGACGCUAUCCUGACCCAGUAUGUAACAUGGACUAAUGACAAAAGUCUUGGUGGCAUUGAGGGCUGCCUGUCAAAGCUCAGAGCAGCAGAUCCAACCUUCGCAAUGGGCCACGCCAUCUCCAACGGGCUCGUGCUGGUCGGCACUGGAAGCUCUGUGAGGCUGGACAGAGAGCUGGACCUGGCCGUGAAGACCAUGGUGGAGGUUUCCCAAACCCAGCCACUGACGCAGCGGGAGCGGCUGCACGUGUCUGCAGUGGAGACCUUUGCCAAGGGAAACUUUCCUGGAGCCUGUGAACUAUGGGAACAGAUCCUCUGGGACCACCCAACAGACAUGUUAGCCCUAAAAUUUUCCCACGAUGCUUAUUUUUACCUGGGCUACCAGGAACAGAUGCGAGAUUCUGUGGCUCGAAUUUAUCCCUUCUGGACACCCAGCAUCCCUCUGAGCAGCUACGUGAAAGGCAUCUAUUCUUUUGGAUUAAUGGAAACCAACUUCUACGAUAAGGCAGAGAAGCUUGCCAAAGAGGCUUUGUCUAUUAACCCCACGGACGCAUGGUCGGUGCACACCAUUGCCCAUAUUCACGAGAUGAAAGCAGAAAUCAAGGAUGGGUUGGAGUUUAUGCAGCGCUCAGAAACCCACUGGAAGGACUCUGAUAUGCUUGCUUGUCAUAAUUAUUGGCACUGGGCUCUGUAUCUGAUUGAAAAGGGCGAAUACGAGGCCGCCUUGACCAUUUACGAUAACCAUGUCCUCCCCAGCUUGAAGGCCAGCGGAACCAUGCUGGAUGUGGUGGACAGCUGCUCCAUGCUGUACCGGCUGCAGAUGGAAGGAGUGUCCGUGGGUGAGCGGUGGCAGGACAUCCUGCCCGUGACCCAGAAGCACAGCCGUGACCACAUCCUGCUGUUCAACGAUGCACACUUCCUGAUGGCCUCCCUGGGAGCUGGGGACACCCAGACCACACAGGAGCUUCUGAGCACCCUGCAGGAUGCCAGCGAGUCCCCCGGGGAAAACUGCCAGCACCUCCUGGCCCGUGACGUGGGGCUGCCCCUGUGCCAGGCCCUGGUGGAGGCUGAGAAGGGGAACCCCGACCGUGUCGUGGAGCUGCUCCUGCCCAUCCGCUACCAGAUCGUGCAGAUUGGAGGCAGCAAAGCCCAGAGAGACGUCUUCAACCAGCUGCUGAUCCAGGCAGCCUUAAAAUGCACUUCUGGCGUCCACAGGAACGUGGCGCGGAGCCUCCUGAUGGAGCGUGAUGCCUUGAAGCCUGGCUCACCCCUGACCCAGCGGCUCAUCCGAAAGGCUGCUGCUGUCCACCUCCUGCAGUGAGCUGGGCCGGGGCCCCCUCCCCAGAGUCCCAUCCGCUGCCCCCGACUCCCAGGGGUAGAAGCAGCUAGGGCAUGUUAGGUCUGUUGAAUCAUUUGCAGAACUUAAUUUAAGAGUAAUUUAAGCAGAAAGCCUGUAACCAGCGGUGUUACAGGACGUGGAGACCCAAAUCAACCCGACACAGGAUUCAGCAUCUUGUAAUCCUCAUGAAGGGCCAGGGUGCACAGUCAAGCAGCUAGAACCCGCGUGCGCAGUGCUCUUACCACUUGCCAGGCAAACCAUAUCUUCCCAGGGGACUUACACCUCCUGGUGUUCAAGAGUUAGAAGGCAGGGUUGGCUGGGGGAGGUCUUCCACACAGCUCUUGGGGACGCCCCCUGGCUGCCCUGAGAUGAACCCUCUCCUUUUGUUCUCAUCAUAUUCUAGAUGUGUUGUCCCAUCUUUGGGGUGAGAGCACCCACAGGGAGGCAAGUGACUUGUCCAGGGUCACAGCUAGUGGAGAUUCACCUUGGGCUCCCCAGCUGCUGCAUCCACUGCCCCCCAUGAAGCAUGUGGGGGGCCCUCUGGUGUCCCUGGAGAGGUCUGCGAGCUCCCGGGGAGCUUUGGUGGUGCCAAUUAAGGGACAUGGGGUCUAUGGUUUCCUAUGCCAACUGUGACUUCAAUCAUGCGAGUGUGUGUGCACGAACCUGGCACACUUUGUGCGGGGUGUGGAUUGAGCUCAGGUUUGCCCUGCUGUGGCAAAAACCAAAGUACUGAGCCAUGUAGCUUUAACGAGAUCUGAGCCAAUUUUAUAUUUCUCCGUCUUCUCAACCUGGCCUCAAUGACACUCCUGGGCAAGCUGCUGAUUUCACUGGAAUGUGCUGGUGAGGGGUGAUCCCGGCCCUCCUCAGGUUCCUUCAGUGUAAAGCUGAAAUUAGGCAGGGACUCAGGCAGGGGGCAGCAGAUGCCUCCAAAUUGAUUAUAGACACAUUUCCAAGAUUAAAAUAAAUCAGCUAAUUGGUUCUUGUGACUA